UGGUUAUCUUUACAGACGCUGCCAUCUCUGUGAGCCCUGUACUAUCAGCCAUGGUCAAUUCCAUCAUCUUUUUUGACAUCACCGUCGAUGGCAAGCCCUUGGGCCGCGUCUCCAUCAAACUGUUUGCAGACACGAUUCCAAAGACAGCAGAAAACUUUUGUGCUCUGAGCACUGGAGAGAAAGGAUUUCAUUAUAAGGGUUCCCGCCUUCACAGAAUUAUUCCAGGGUUUAUGUGUCAGGGUGGUGACUUCACAUGCCAUAAUGGCACUGGUGACAAGUCCAUCUAUGGGGAGAAAUUUGAUGAUGAGAACCUCAUCCUAAAGCAUACAGGUUCUGGCAUCUUGUCCAUGGCAAAUGCUGGACCCAACACAACUGGUUCCCAGUUUUUCAUCUGCACUGCCAAGACUGAGUGGUUGGAUGGCAAGCAUGUGGCCUUUGGCAAGGUGAAAGAACGCGUGAAUAUUGUGGAAGCCAUGGAGCACUUAGGGUACAGGAAUAGCAAGACCAGCAAGAAGAUCACCAUUGCUGACUGUGGACAAUUCUAAUGAGUUCGACUUGUGUUUUAUUUUAACCGCCAGACGCAUUCCUUCUGUAGCUCAGGAGAGCACCCCUCCACCACAUUUGCUUGCAAUAUCCUAGAAUCUUUGGGUUCUUGCUGCAGUUCCCUUUGGGUUCCAUGUUUUCCUUGUUCCCUUCCAUGCCUAGCUGGAUUGCAGAGUUAAGUUUAUGAUUAUUAAAUAAAAACUAAGCAACAA